GGAUGUGGGCUAGCACGAUUGAGGAGGUGCACUCCUGCUAAACGCGGCUGGCUGGAGAGAGGUCGGCAACUUCUUGCUGAAGUGCAGUCAUGUUUCUCCAGUAUUACCUCAACGAACAGGGAGAUCGCGUCUAUACGUUGAAGAAAUUUGACCCUACGGGACAACAGACUUGCUCUGCCCAUCCUGCUCGGUUCUCUCCUGACGACAAAUACUCAAGACACCGAAUCACCAUCAAGAAACGCUUCAAGGUGCUUAUGACCCAGCAACCGCGCCCAGUUCUCUGAGGGUUCGUUAAUUUCUUGUGCUGCCCGACCCCAGGCCGAUCAUCAGUAACCAAACGCGUCAAUCCGUGAGCAGUGAAGCCUUCCCAUGCUGUUUGGAAUCCCAUCUCACUAUGUGAUUGCGUCGUCGUGAUGGGCAUCACCCGUAAAAGGAACAAUCUUAACUUUUUUUUUUUUUUAUGCUUUAAAUUACUGCCAGGUUAUUAAAGAGAUAAUGACUUGAAAGUUCAUUUUGAGUGUGGUGGUUUGAGGAAAAGAUGGGGGUAGGGUAGUGCCGUUGGUAGUACAAGGCCACUUGAGAAAAAUCUUUUUUU